AGAGGGUACCUGGGACUGAGCCUAUAUUAGGUCCGAGGAUUCUCUCCACCAAUGUUUCAUACCAGUCGGCCAUCUUUGUAUAAACAGUGGUGGUGGCACAAAGCGGAGAUGUCGCUGUUGACGCUGUCCGUGGUGGUGUGUGGACUUGCUGUCACAGCAGCCCAGGAGAUUAGCAUUGACUUGCAGACCGGACUGACCUCUGGAUCUCCAGUGACGCCCGCCAACGGCUUUGAGUGGGAGUACCAACCGCCAUCGUCCACCUGCCACAGAAGCUGCGACCUGCAGGGUGUCCUCAAGCUCACCUUCAACUCCACGCGCAAGCACCUGAAGAUCCACCUCACCUUCUCCAGCAUCAUCCGGGGCGUCCCCUUCCACAUCGUGGAGCUCGACAAGAAUGAGAGCUGUGUUGCCAAUUUGUCCUCAAAGAUGCCCCUAAACAGCAGCUUGGACAUCUCGCUCAUGGACAUGCUGCGCUCGUGUGCUAACACGUCACUGAAAAUGUCCGAGGUACUGCUCUACGAAAAGAACAUGUCCAUCUACUCCGAAGACAAGUCCAGCAACGAGACAAAGUUCGAGAAAUCCUACAACGAGAGCAAACAGAUGCUCCUGCACUUUGAACCUGAGUACCUCGGGUACGACAUGAGCCUCAGCAUCAGGGACAAGGAGUUUAUGGCAGAGAACGGCACGAAAUUACUGUUACUGAAGUCGGAGAAACUGUUUAACAUCUCAUCACCCUCCUUGCUGUACCCGGAGUAUGUCCUCUACCUCGGGAUGAACAGCAGGGUGGACGAUCCCAUGUCUGUAGGGGAGGGCCUGUGCAGCGCCAGGAUUUCUUGGUAUCCCGAGUAGGCUGCAACCAACGGAAUAAACUGCCAUCACACAUCCACGUCUCCUUUUCUUGAAAAUUAUUAUUAUCUGUAAGUCGGUUGUCGUCUGGAAGGACAAGACAUAUGAGUGUUUUCAAUGUUCGUCAAUUUUCGAGUAUGUAAAGAAAGUUCUCGCCUCUCAAAACUCAAGUAUUAAUGGAAAAAGAAUUUCACUCAUCAAAUCUCAAGUAGUCAUGUAUAGAGACUUAGUCAUAUCUCAACAUGAAUAGAGAGUUUUGCCAGUUUGUUCAUGAAAAAUAUUUUAACUUCAUCUUACAGUAAGUUGGGAGGCUUUCAAAAAAAGUACUGCUGUCAAUGAACUCUAAUUUAAAAUAAACAAUUUUGAACUUAAUUUUUAUUUUUAAGUUCUAAAGUAAUGCCUUGGAAAGUUAUGUUGCAUAUUAUCAUACUACAGUUAUUUCAUAAGUAACACUAUGGGACGAUCUAAUGUCACUGUUAUCAGUCCUCAUGUGAUGACUAUUCCAACAUCCAAUGACAGUUCUCUGACUACAUUCUACCAUUUUUCACUGGUCUCAUGAAGUUCUGAGAAUGUGAUUGCAGUUCUGUAGCAAAGCCUGAGAAAAUUCCAACACUAAAUUACAAUUCUUAAAUAAUGAAAAAGAAAUGUUAGAAAUAAAAUAAAUUAAUCACGUUAAUAAAACUAACCAAAACAUUAAAGGGAAGAAAGGCACAGGAAACCUUAUUCUGUGAAGAAGAAGUGGGGGCCACAGCACUUUAAAAUACAAUGAUGGUGAGAAGGUGUUGGCAAGAAGUGAUGUGAUCUGAGGCCAGUUUCUCUCACUUGCUUUACUGCUGGUUUUUUUUUUUUUUUAAAUCGGCCAUCUCGACAUUUUAUGAAGCAGAUGUUGGGAACUGGCUGCACCACAACUACAGAGCUCGAAUACAUUAAUGUGGAAACACU